UCAUAUUUAUCCUUUUUUCCAAAGUCAUUUUUAGGAUCGGAGAUAUGAAGAUGAAGUUCUGUCUUGUUCAACAUAAGAAACCGUCGGUAGCAGCGUUGAUGAAAAGGUGUAUCGGUGCGAAGAAGGAGAUGGAUAGCAGCAUGGCAAAAAAAUGGCGACAACUCAGUGGGGAAACUCACUGGAGGGGGCUGAUGGACCCUCUGGACAUCGAUCUUCGCCGCUACAUAAUACACUACGGUGAAAUGGCUCAAGCGGCAUACGAUGCUUUCAUCUCGGAGAAAGCAUCAAAGUAUGCCGGAAGCAGCAGAUAUGCCAAGAGGAAUUUCUUCUCCAAAGUUGGUUUGACGAAUGGCAACCCCUUCACGUAUUCCGUGACCAAGUUUCUGUAUGCAACUUCAGAAAUCGAUCUCCCCGAAGCUUUCAUCGUAAAGUCGUUUUCCAGAGAGGCUUGGAGCAGGGAAUCAAAUUGGAUAGGUUAUGUUGCAGUGGCGACCGAUGAAGGGAAAGCUGCGUUAGGGAGAAGAGACAUCGUGAUCGCAUGGAGGGGCACCGUGAAGACCUUGGAAUGGGUUGAUGAUCUCGAGUUUGUUUUGGUUUCUGCUCCUCAAGUUUUUGGUAACAACACUGAUCCCAAACUGCAUCAGGGUUGGUACUCCAUUUACACCUCAGAAGAUCCACGUUCUCCCUUUAAUAAGAGCAGUGCCAGAAGCCAGGUCCUAAGCGAGGUGAGAAGGCUGGUGGAGCUAUAUAAGAAUGAAGAAAUAAGCAUAACUAUAACCGGUCACAGUUUAGGUGCUGCAAUUGCAACCCUCAGUGCAGUGGACAUUGUUGCAAAUGGUUACAACAAACCGAGUGAUCCUUCUAUCAAGGCUUCCCCAGUCACUGCCGUUGUGUUUGCCUGCCCAAAAGUUGGUGAUGGCAACUUUCGGAAGGUUUUCUCUGGCUACAAAGAUUUGACAACCAUACGCAUUCGAAACGAGCUAGACAUUGUCCCAAACUACCCCCUUGUGGGGUAUUCGGAUGUAGGCGAGGAGUUGAAGAUCGAUACCCGAAAAUCAAUGUACUUGAAGAGUCCUGGGAACCCACUCAGUUGGCAUAAUUUGGAGGGUUACUUGCAUGGUGUGGCGGGAACACAAGGAAGCAAAGGAGGGUUCAAACUUGAGGUUAAUCGUGAUAUUGCCCUUGUUAACAAGACCUUGGAUGCUCUCAAAGAUGAAUUGCUUGUUCCCGUUUCGUGGAGGGUGGAGAAAAAUAAGGGUAUGGUUCAACAAAAUGAUGGUUCGUGGAAGCUCAUGGAUCAUGAGGAUGAUGACUUUUGAUCCAUAAUUCAGAAUUCAGAAUGCAUUGAUUUCGUUUGUUGUUCGUUGGAGAAAAUAUAAUUUGAUAAUUGGAUUUGCU